CUGUUUAACAAAAAAUGCAAUUUCAGAGCAGCUUGUUAUAUUGGCUAUUUGCCGGGUGAAGUAAUAAAUCGGUCAGUGCUGUAUUUGUUGCACCCAUACGAUAUUGCGCAAAUCAAGCAGCUGCAUGCUACUUUGAGCAUGCAACGUGGUGAGAUUGUACGGCAGCGUCGUCUUCGAUGGGUUGCAUUCAACGGUAGUAUUAUACACACCAAUUCGGAAUGGUUCGCGUUUUGGAAUCCGUGGACCAGAAAAGUGGACAGUGUCAUCGGUCGACAUACGCUCAACGAGCAACCAGUCGGAAGCGCAGAUGUGCUGGCAGAACCCUGUGCACCACGUAUUGUCACACCACUCGAUGAAAUAACUAUUCGUAAUAUUGAACUUGAGAUUGCGGCUAAUCUGAACAAGGAACCAGCAGCAGCGACAAACGAGAAAAAGAUCAAAGCAGCACCUGUGGCACACCAGAAAAAUUCAGGUUCACCGGGAAUGAUUGCAUCCUGUACAAACUUUGAAACUACUACCAAUAAUUUAGCCGAGACACUUGUUAUCAGUGCGGGAACAUCAGGAAGCCAGCACUCAACAUUAGUUCUGGAUGCCCGCCGAUCUCCGGUUAGCCCUACAGAUCUUUCGCCAAACUACAACAGUGCACUUCCUCUGUCAUACAAUCAGAUCAACUGCUUAGAAAACGUGCACAGAUUGCUGAAGAGUCAGCAACGCACAGCAGCAGCCGCAGCAGCGGUUUCAGCGACAGCAGUGACGACGGCAGCGGUACCAACUGUCACAGACCUGGUUCAGGAGAACGGUCCAAACCCGAAGGCUUCACCAUGCGAGGAAUCAAAAAGUCCGCUUCCAGUACCGGAACAAGACGACUGCUGCAGGUAUCGCUUGCUCAAUGGAUUUGAAAGUGUUCCCGACUUUCCAGUGCUAUACGCAAUUAAAAUUCCGGAAUAG